AUGCACUUGCUGGGCUUCUCUCUGGCGUGUUCUCUGCUCGCCGCUGCGCUGCUCCCGGGUCCUCGCGAGGCGCCCGCUGCCGCCGCCGCCGCCGCCGCCGCCUUCGAGUCCGGACUCGACUACUCGGACGCGGAGCCCGACGCCGGCGAGGCCACGGCUUAUGCAAGUAAAGAUCUGGAGGAGCAGUUGCGGUCUGUGUCCAGUGUAGAUGAACUCAUGACUGUACUCUACCCAGAAUAUUGGAAAAUGUACAAAUGUCAGCUCAGGAAAGGAGGCUGGCAACACAGUACAGAACAGGCCAACCUCAGCUCAAGGACAGAAGAGACUAUAAAAUUCGCUGCAGCACAUUAUAAUGCAGAGAUCUUGAAAAGUAUUGAUAAUGAGUGGAGAAAGACUCAAUGCAUGCCACGGGAGGUGUGUAUAGAUGUGGGGAAGGAGUCUGGAGCUGCAACAAACACCUUCUUUAAGCCUCCAUGUGUAUCCGUCUACAGAUGUGGGGGCUGCUGCAACAGUGAGGGGCUACAGUGCAUGAACACCAGCACAGGCUACCUCAGCAAGACGUUAUUUGAAAUUACAGUGCCACUCUCUCAAGGCCCCAAGCCAAUAACAGUCAGUUUUGCCAAUCACACUUCCUGCCGAUGCAUGUCUAAACUGGAUGUUUACAGACAAGUUCAUUCCAUUAUUAGACGUUCCCUGCCAGCAACACUACCACAGUGUCAGGCAGCAAACAAGACUUGCCCCACCAAUUACAUGUGGAAUAAUCACAUCUGCAGAUGCCUGGCUCAGCAAGAUUUUAUGUUUUCCCCAAAUGCUGGAGAUGACUCAGCAGAUGGAUUCCAGGACAUCUGUGGACCAAACAAGGAGCUGGAUGAAGAGACCUGCCAAUGUGUCUGCAAAGGGGGGCUUCGGCCUGCCAGCUGCGGUCCCCACAAAGAACUAGACAGAAACUCAUGCCAGUGUGUCUGUAAAAACAAACUCUUCCCCAGCCAAUGUGGGGCCAACCGAGAAUUUGAUGAAAACACAUGCCAGUGUAUAUGUAAAAGAACCUGCCCCAGAAAUCAACCCCUAAAUCCUGGAAAAUGUGCCUGUGAAUGUACAGAAAGUCCACAGAAAUGCUUGUUAAAAGGAAAGAAGUUUCAACACCAAACAUGCAGCUGUUACAGACGGCCAUGUACAAACCGCCAGAAGCCUUGUGAGCCAGGAUUUUCAUUUAGUGAGGAAGUGUGCCGUUGUGUCCCUUCAUAUUGGAAAAGACCACAUAUGAACUAAGUAAGACUGUACUGUUUUCCAGUUCAUCGAUUUUCUGUUACGGAAAACUGUGUUGCCACAGUAGAACUGUCUAUGCAGAGAGAGACCUUUGUGGGUCCAUGCUAACAAAGACAGAAGUCCGUGUCUCCUGAACCAUGUGGAUAACCUUACAGAAAUGGACUGGAGCUCAUCUGCAAAAGGCCUCUUGUAAAGACUGGUUUUCUGUCAAGACCAAACAGCCAAGAUUUUUCUCUUGUGAUUUUUUUUUUAAAGAAUACUAUAUAAUUUAUUUCCACUAAAAGUAUUGUUUCAGCAUUCAUUUUUAUAGCAACAAUAAUUGGUAAAACUCACUGUGAUCAAUAUUUUUAUAUCAUGCAAAAUAUGUUUAAAAUAAAAUGAAAAUUGUAUUAUAA